GGUCGUCCUGGGGAAGUAUUGGGUUUGUUUUGCUUGAAACUUGAGGUCAGACCUCCAAGGAGUGGGUAGACGUUGUAGAGGAGACCUUGGGCUUGCCGAAGAGAAAAUCUUCGAACCAAGCAAGAAGAGCUGUCUCCACAGGAAUGAGCUGCCUCCGCUGUCCCCCUCCGCCGGAGGCGGUCAGAGGUGGAUUAUUGGGCGGGUCCGAGUCGGACCCGAAGUCCCUGAUGGCCCCACUCCCAGCGCGGAGAUUUCGAUUUCGGGACUUAGUGACCUGAGAAAUCCCUCAGGCUUGGUAGCUGAUCGACCGCAGGGCCGGGGAGCGGGUAACGGAGGAGGCUAUCAUCAAUGGGAGGCUGAUUGGAGCGUUCCCUAAGUGUUACUGGGGUUCUCAGGAGCUCGAAGGGAAGCAGGGGACAUCGAACUAAACCCGGCUGCUGCUCGUUUCGCUGCCAGGGACUUCUCCCUGGGGACCUAGAGGGGGGCGGGUGCCCAGCCCGGAGGGAGGAGCUGGGGGUUCGGAGGCGUUUCUGCACCUGUCGGCUGGCAGGGGAGGAGGAGAUCGACAGGGGGCGGCGGGGGGCGGGAGCACCGCUAGGCUCGGGCACAAUCUACCUCUGCCCCAUUCGGCGGGCAGCCUGGGUGCCGGGGCUCUCAGGGGCCACUGCCGGGCGACAUGGAGCUGCUGUCAGCCCUGAGCCUGGGGGAGCUGCCUCUCAGCUUCUCCCGGGUACCCCUCUUCCCGGUCUUCGACCUCAGCUACUUCAUCGUUUCCAUCCUGUAUCUCAAGUACGAGCCAGGUGCUGUGGAAUUGUCCCGGCGGAGCCCUGUGGCCUCAUGGGUCUGUGCCAUGCUCUACUGCUUUGGGAGCUAUAUCCUGGCUGAUCUUCUGCUUGGGGAAGCACCGAUAAAUUAUUUCAGCAAUAACUCCAGCAUCCUCCUGGCCUCUGCAGUUUGGUACAUGAUUUUCUUCUGUCCCAUGAACCUCUUUUACAAAUGUGUCAGUUUCCUGCCUGUGAAGCUCAUUUUUGUGGCAAUGAAGGAGGUAGUAAGAGUUCGAAAGAUUGCAGUUGGGAUCCAUCAUGCCCAUCACCACUACCACCAUGGGUGGUUCAUCAUGAUCGCCACAGGAUGGGUCAAAGGUUCAGGUGUGGCACUGAUGUCCAACUUUGAGCAGCUGCUUCGUGGGGUCUGGAAGCCAGAGACAAACGAAAUUCUCCACAUGUCCUUUCCAACCAAAGCCAGCUUAUAUGGAGCCAUUCUUUUCACACUUCAGCAGACCCGCUGGCUUCCCAUUUCUAAAGCCAACCUCAUCUUUUUCUGCACCCUCUUCAUGGUGUCUUGUAAGGUGUUCCUGACAGCCACACACUCCCAUGCGUCCCCAUUUGACACUAUCGAGGGCUUCAUCUGUCCUGUGCUCUUUGGUUCUGCUGGGGGGGGCCAUGGGGACCACCACCACGAUGACCACGGGUCUUCCCACGACGCCCACGGGGGUCCUUCACCCUUCCAUGCCCCACACCCUGCAGCCAAAUUGAAGGAGGAACUAAAUGAAGGCUCAAGGAAGAGAAAGGCCAAGAAGGCAGAGUAAAGGAAGAAUCUGCCACAAGUGCCUGGUGGCCAAAGAGAGAGUCGCUUCUGAGCUGCAUGAGAAAUAUAGCCAUGUCACCCGAGCCCUCACGGGCUCCCCCCUAAGACUCGCAAAAGGGAGAAGGAAUCUAGGCGACCACCCAGUGUGCCUCUGACAUGUCCAUCAGAGACCCUUAUUUUCAGGGGUUUACAGAUGAGGUGUGGAAACUCCUAUAGGCCCAAAGGGAGGGUUCUGACCCAAAGCCAGGCAUCUUGGUGGUAGGUUUUCUCCAUUUUUUUUCUUCCUUUAAUCAAAAGCUAUUUUGGGAAACUGUUCUAAGCUACUCUGGGAGUCUGGGAAUGCUGAUUCUGCCCGAUGUCUAUUUAGGAUUCCUGGUUUCAGAAAACAACUUUGCAUUUUGGACUAAUUUGUUUUGAAUCCAAUAAUGAAAGAGAAAGGGGGAACCCCCCUCUAAAAUAAAUGGACUCUUAAUUUCAUCUUUUUAAAUUGACUUAUGAGAAUGAAAAAUCACCUGAAUUUUGAGAAAAGGCCUAAAUGGCUAAGUGUCCCACCGAAGCUGGGGAGACACUUGCAGCCUGCUCCCUCUGGGCCAGACCUAGAGCUGCCCAUUCAGCCCUAGGUCAGCUUUCAGAGAAUUGCCUUUUGGAAAUAUCAGGGAGACUGAGAUUCCCCAGAUGGCCCCUGGUAAUGCUAGUGACUUUUUUUUUUAAACCCUUACCUUCUGUCUUGGAGUCAAUACUAUGUAUUGGUUCCAAGGCAGAAUAACAGUAAGGGCUAGGCAAUGGGGGUCAAGUGACUUGCCCAGGGUCACAUAGCUGGGAAGUGUCUGAGGCCAGAUUUGAACCCAGGACCUCCUGCCUCUAAGCCUGGCUCUCCAUCCACUGAGCUACCCAGCUGCCCCCACUAGUAACUUUUGAUGUUCCAUCAGAUUUCCCUGAAUCCUUAGGAUCAGAAUGGAAACGGACCCAAUUUUUAAUUGAGCUUUUGGAUUAACCAAGAAGCUUGGCAUUGGCUUAAUGCCUCUCUCUUGAGUCAGGUCAGUUGAGGGGAAACCCCAAUGAGGCCGAUGGGAUCUUAGAGUAUUUUGUCAUGGUGGUCCUCCCCACUCUAGCCCCAGGCUAGCGCGGUGAUUAAGUUCCGACGCUGGCUUGGGGUGUGUGUGUGUGCCAGGGGACUUUUCCAAGUCAGGAUCUUGGCCUGCGGGGAAAAUGUUCAGAUCCAAACUCUCUGAGCCACCUGAAAUGGCACCAAAGGGAUAAUAAGCAAAUGGUGGCUGCUGGGCCUUAGGCUGUUCAUCUGGAACUGGAACCUUUCCCUGAAAGCCCGAGGGUGAUGCACUAUGUGUUCCUCUGCUAUUUAAACUGAAAGUUUCUAGGACCUGUUCAGUAUUACUCACCCCGGGGCCCACGCCAUGGCGGGGAUGUUAUUACGACAUCCAACAUCGAGAGAAAUCUACGAUUUAUCACCUCCAAGAAGCGGGUCAGUUGCAGUGAGUUUGGGAAGUGCCUUAUCUCAGGUGAACUGUCUCCCCCUAAUCCCCACCAUGAAGUCAGGCAGCAGGGUCUAAUGUCGCCUCUUUUAAUAGCAUCAUGUUUUGACAAACCUGUUUCUGGAUGACUAUAAAGGACUCCGUGUAAGGGGGUUAUAUUUUAUAGAUGAGCCACAGAAUAAAAACAUUGUGAAGUGAA